CCGCGAAAUCUAGCAGGCGAUUGCAACGGUGGAAGAAGCACUAAAAAAUACUUUACAUACAUACUUUCCUCACAUUAUGAAGCAUUAAAACAACACGAUUGACUGUUAAAUAUUCGUUGAACUGGUUUAUUUCGACCAUGGACGAGUAUGAUGAAAUGUUCCUGACCGAAGAUGAUUAUGAUCAACAGUUUGCUGAUGAGCUUGAGGUCCUCGCUGAGAUGGACUUUGACCCAGUCGCUGCCACUAAGCAGUCAGGGUUCCGGAAGCAGAAAAAUACAUCAUUCCAGGGAAACAACACUGCUGGCGACCAGCAUCUCAGGAGCCAAUCACAGGCAGCUCCAGCAGGAAGCCUUGGCCAAACAGAAGGUGUGUCAGAUAUGUGUGAUAGGGAGGACUUAGAACAGCUGAUGGCCAACGACCCAAUCACUCCCAAGGCAAAACGCCCGAGGCAGGAUGUGGCUAAGAAGCUAUUUGAAGUGUCACAGAAUGAUGACAUCACACCCCCGUCGUCUCCAGAGGAGUUCCAUCCACCUCCUGGCACCAGACCCAAGUUAGUUCCAGCCGUGUUGGACAUAAGUGGCUUUGAAGGGAUUCUGGAGUCUCCUGAGAGAGUAACCACUGCAACACAGUGUCACGCUCUAAAGCGUCCCCCGCCCGUGGGAGGAUACGUUAGUGUGACGGACCAUAGAGGAAACCGUGUUUACCUCAGAGAGACAGACGACCUGAGGGGAAAGGCUGUGGACCCCAGUGCUUUGCGUAGCUCCCAUGAUGCAUUAGGGUUGCUUGUUGUUCCCAUAGAAGUAUUAAGAGAACAGGUGGCAGAGAGGCUGCAUCGUCAGGUGGUGGAGGAAUCUCAGCGUCUCACAGAACAACUCAACAGUUUGGUAGAUGCAGAGUUUGGGGAGCUGGAAGAUGGACCUGGAGAUGAGGAAGAGGAGGGGAUGUCUUCACGUCUUUGGGUGGAUCAGUUCUCUCCUUGUCAAUACACUGAACUCCUCAGUGAUGAUUUCACCAACCGCUGUCUGCUGAAGUGGCUGAAGCUCUGGGAUCAGGUGGUGUUUGGGAGAGAAAGGAAGCCACGCCCACUGCCUGCAGAGAGGCCCGCCCCCAACCAGAACACAGCAAACCUGGGCCGGUUUAAUUCAACCAAACAGGACCAGGGACGCUUUAGUUCAGCCAAUCGGACCCAAGGAAACUUUAAUCAAGCCAAUCCAAAAUUCAAGACCAAGAGUCAGAUCACUGAGGAGAUUCUGGAGGCUGACCUAGACCAAUACAAACGACCCAAAUAUAAGGUGGCGCUGUUGUCUGGUCCUCCAGGGUUAGGGAAGACCACUCUGGCCCACAUCAUCGCUAGGCAUGCUGGAUACAACGUUGUGGAGAUCAAUGCCAGUGACGACCGUAGCGCAGAGCUGUUUCAGAAGCGUAUCGACACAGCGACACAGAUGAAGUCAGUACUGGGAGCCAAUGAGAAGCCUAACUGUCUCAUCAUUGACGAGAUUGACGGAGCACCUGCUGCCGCUAUCAACAUCCUGUUGGCCACUCUGAACAGGAAGGAUGGUCAGGGGGUGGAUUCAGGGGCAGACUCAGGGGCAGAACCUCUGAAGAAGAAGAAGAAAAAGAAAGAGUCUGUCCUCCUGCGACCAAUCAUCUGCAUCUGUAAUGACUUGUAUGUUCCAGCUCUGAGGCCUCUGAGGCAGCAGGCGUUCCUGUUAAAUUUCCCUCAGACCCAGCCAGCCCGCCUCUCACAGAGACUAGCUGAGAUCUCUCGGGCUCAGGGUAUGAAGGUUGACACUGGGACUCUGAUGGCUCUCUGUGAGAAGACUGACAACGACAUCAGAUCCUGCAUCAACACACUGCAGUUCCUCCAUAGUCGAGGUAAGAGGCAGUUGGACAUUCUGUCAGUCCAGUCCAUGAGGAUUGGCCAGAAGGAUCAGAAUAAAGGCCUGUUCAACCUCUGGCAGGAGAUUUUCCAACUCCCACGCAUUAAACGAAAACGAGUGGGGGAGGGACUUGAGGAGGGGCUAAAAGAAGGAGGUGGAGCCCAGAGACUUCAGCACAUCCUUCACCUGGCCUCUUCCAGCGGAGAAUACGACAAACUCACCCAGGGUCUCUAUGAUAACUUCCUGUUGAUGCGUGUGAAGGACCCCAGUCUGGGGGGAGUGUGUGAUGCUUUGGAUUGGCUGGGCUUCUCAGACAGGUUGAACCAGACCAUGUUGCAGGGGCAGAAUUUUUCUCUGAUGAGAUACAUGCCCUUCCUUCCUGUUGCCUUCCACUUCCUGUUUGCUCACAUGCACGUCCCCCGCAUCAACUACCCCAGCAGCCAGUAUGAGGCUCUUACUAAGACUGCGGCCAGCAGGAACUCUCUGGCGGCCAUGUUGUCUGAUGUCCCAGCAUGCAUCAGGACCAGAAUCAGUGAGAUCAGUUUGAGUCUGGAUAUCCUCUCUCUUCUUUUGGACAUCAUCUGUCCUAAACUUCGACCUGUGAACCCCCAGUUGUUCAGCAGUAGGGAGAAGCAGCAGUUGUCUGAUCUGAUUGACACCAUGAUUUCCUACAACCUCUCCUACAGACAAGACCGUACACCUGAGGGGCAAUAUGUAUACGUCCUGGAGCCGCGUGUGGAGGCAGUGGUGUGUUUUCCAGGCCUUCCCCCCCGCAGACAGUUGACCUACCAGGCUAAACAGACCAUCAGCAGGGAGAUGGAGCUGGAGAGACUUAGGAGAGCUGAAACUCUGCUGCUGCUACGCAAUCCACGCAGGCAGGUGCAGGAGGAGCAGGAGAACCAGCCCAAGGUGGUGACAUCAUGUGUUAGGAACCACCAACAAGAGGAGCAGGAGAACCGGCCCAAGGUGGUGACAUCAUCUGUUAGGAACCACCAACAGAGGCUUGAGAACAUCCUGAGGAAUACAGUGGUGGAGAUCAGGGUGGAUUUCUUUGGCCGUGUUGUGAUCCAGAGGGAUGUUCCCAUUAUUGUGGCCACCAGUGAAAAUGGUGAGGUUUGUGUGGAGGUUGCCAUGGGGACAGCGGUUGGCAACAGUGAAGUGUGGUUCCGUUUCAACGAGGGCGUGUCCAACGCUGUGCGACGUAAUGUUUACAUCAGAGAACUGCUGUAAUAGACCCCUUUUUACACAUGUUAAGUUAGUUGUUAGUGUUUCAAUGACCAUGAGCCCUUUUGUCAAACAACCUCUUUAUUCUUUUUGAUUGACAGUGGAAACAACCAAUAAAAACGGUGUAUUUGAAUAACAGUGGAAACAGCCAAUAAAAAGUGUGAUUAAGCGGCAAA